CGCGCGGCGGGCGGCAGCCAAUGGGCGCGCGGCGACUGGCGGUUGUUUCAAGAUGGCGGAGGCAGCCGGGCCGGGCCGGGGUCUCUACUGGAGCGCGGGACUUUCUGAUGAAGAACAGCCAGUGGUAUAUGCUCCAGGGAUUUCUACAGAAGGAAAUUUAAGAACAAGGCACAUAUUAAGGGCUCAAAAAGCUGAAGCAAAGCUGAAGGUUCCUGCAGCUGCUACUACUGCUACCAUGGAUCCCAUUAGAGAACCGACAGGACAACAGGUCACUAAUGAGGGAGGAAUGAAGAGCGCUUCUUUAAAGGAUUUAUGUCCUGAGGACAAGAGACGAAUUGCAAACUUAAUUAAGGAACUUGCCAGGGUUAGUGAGGAAAAGGAAGUGACAGAGGAGCGACUGAAAGCCGAACAGGAGUCAUUCGAGAAGAAGAUCAGACAGCUAGAGGAGCAGAAUGAGCUCAUCAUCAAGGAAAGGGAAGCUCUUCAGCAGCAGUACAGAGAAUGCCAGGAACUUCUGAGCCUGUAUCAGAAGUAUUUAGCCGAACAGCAAGAAAAGCUGAGCGCCUCCCUCACUGAGCUGGGUGCUGCCAGGCAGAAGGAGCAGCAGGUUUCCAACAAGAAGAGCCCUUGCCAGCCACCGUGUUUGGAACUGGAUGGUUCGUACCUAGGUGUAGCUCGGCAGCAGACAUUGUUCAAGAACAGUAAAGCAUCGAAGUCUGGAAGUCCAACUCUGGUUUCAGUACCUCAGCACUGUAGAAAUAAUAACGUUCAUGGGACCGCAGCCCAGUACAAGCAGGAGGAGGUUAUGGAUGAAUGCCUUGUGGGAAAUGGUCUGCAGAGAAAAUGCAACAAUAUGAUGUCGUCCACCAAGCAGAGGAGCCCGUACCGCAAAGAGCUGGCUCAGGACACAGAGUGGGGAACGAAUGAGUUUCAGAGCACGUGUCCUCAUCAAGCAGGUCACUGUUGCGCUUCCAGAGAGCGAGGAAGCUCAGAUAACACUCACGACGGCCGUCAGAUCAGCCAUGUACCCAGAAGACAUUGCGGGCCACAAUACGAAGGCUGCGAUUACCUCAGGCACUCUCGUGUGUCUGGACUGAAUGACAGCAUGGACUCUGGAUCGAAAGAAACGGAGCGUAGUAAAAGGCUAUCUGAAGAAAGACGGCAGCAGCUUCUGCUGCAGAAACUGGAGCUGGAAGUUGAAAAAGAGCGUCUCCAGCAUUUGUUGGCUAAGCAGGAAGCAAAACUACUUUUGAAACAGCAACAGCUACAUCAGUCGAGGCUGGAUUACAACAGGUUUAGAGGCCAAGCUCUUGGUUCAGAAGAAGUGGCCUUUGAAGCACUAGGACCAGCAGCACAAACCCUGACGAACGGCACUCGCAUGGGCCUAAGCAUGCCAACGUCUAAGGGUGAAGAUUACCCUCCCAGGACACCGACCUUCAACAAAGCCUCCAGGAGCAGUGCAGGGAGCAGCUCAGGGAAGAAAACGGUUGGUUUUGAUGCAGCCAUGGAAGAAGGACCCCUCUGGAUGCAGACAAAGGAGGCAACCAGCAGGUCAGGGAAAGGGACAGCUUCAGGAUCUAGAAAGGAUGCAGCUACGUCUCCCGCGCUGACAGGCAGCAGAAAAGAGCUUGUAACCACAGCCACAUCGCCAAUCCAGCAUGACACUUCACGGUAUGAAGACUCCCUGCUUGACCUGGUUGAGGCAGUGAGCCCGGUUUGCAAUCCAGGACAGCGCUACCGAGAGUCUCACAGCUGCAACAAAGCACACGCACCUCGUCACGGGAGCCACAGAAAACCCACGUGGUACCAAGGCCCCUUUGAUGUCAGAAGCCGAGCGGACGAUCUAGAGGAGAGCCAGCUCCUAGAAGAGAUAUUCUUCAUUUGACGAGGCUCGUUCCUCCGCAGCCACUUUGUAGAUUUUUUAGGACCUUUUUAGUCUUGUUUCUGCAGUGGAUUUGUUUAUGCGGCAAAGUAUCAUUUUUUAAAUUAUAUGAUUGGCAACUAAUUGUCUCCUCCCUCUAGGAAUGAGCACGGUAGCUUCCUGUUUCAUUUAAAAAUGAAUAAUAAUCAUGUUGCAAGAAGAACGGUGUUUGGAGAGUCCAAUCAGAAGGUGCUAGCAAGGGUUUUUAUCCCCUUUUUUUUGGAAACCAAAACUUCAGUGUGCCAAGCAAUUAUUCUAAAAUAUAAUUUAAAAUAAAAGCCCACAACAUUUUGGAGUCGAUUGAAGUCAUAGUUUAGUCAGCCUCAUAUCAGGAGUAUAUUUCAUUAUCGAUUUUGAGCUGUAAAGUGGUUUGCAAGAGCUGCAUAACACAAGAACCGCUGCAUUUCAAUUAGAUUAUUUUCUAAUUACAAAGCAACCUGUUUAAAAACCUAGCGUAUUACAAAGGUACAAGCACUUUAAUACUUUUCUCGGUGAUUCUGCCAUCUAACAUCGCCUUCAGCAUUCUGGUAUUUACCAUGUUGAGAUCUUAGGGGGGUUUCUCCCCAGCUCAGCUCUACGGUGUCUAAUAACACUAAUAGAUGUUGCAGGGUUAAUGCACUAUGCAUCCCUUUGAAAAAUGCUCCUACUUAAAUCAGUGCUAUUUAACAGGAUAUAUGCAGGGAAACAUAACCCUUAAAUAGCUAAAUAUAAGCAGCCAUUGUAGUGGUUCAAACUUUAUUUGAUGUCCCCUUAAAAAUGAGAUAUGUAGUAGUCAUAGGGUAAGAAAAGUGUUCCGACAUUUUCACCAACUUGCACUAUUUUGAUACCAUAUCCAGGCCUGUUGUAAAUAAGACAAAUCAGUAAUUAUUUCCACUAGCAGCUUGGAAUGCACAUUUCCCUGCCGGCUUUAAUUAUUCAUGCUGUAUCUAUUUCAGUUUAUUUAAAUGCACUCCCAUCUACUGCAUGCACUUGGUUAUUUAAAGAAAUGUGCAGAAUUGGUAAAAAUGACUGCAGAUUAGAGGAUUAAUGGUCAUUUUCUGCACAAUGCAGUGUUCAUAUUUUAUUGUAACAGUAGCCACCGGCAUGUGCUCCUAGAAAUAUGACGCUAAAAUACUCGUCUCGCACAGUAAAAUUGCAGCGAGGGAAAGGUAGAAUCGCAUCAGCCCAGACUAUUUCUAGGCCAUUGGUUCCCAGCUGGGUAUGUGGCUCAGAAUUGGUUCGUGACUAGCUCGCCGGUCAUCCCUCCUCAUCUUAAUGGUGAUGCACAUCUGUACUGAUCCCUGGUGCACCACGCUUUCCCACCUGAAUCGCUCGUGCAUGGAUGAACCUGUGAAGGUCCCACGUUCUCAGAUGGCCAUGCACGGCUCAGCGUGCUUCUCUGCUCAGAGAACGGACCAUGCUGUGUUCAGAGCAUGUAUCUGCCAGGGGCAAGAAAGAAAGGGUGGAAGCUGCAUGUCAGACGAAAGAAAAAGCCAUUUCUGGGAUUUAGGGGGCAGGCAGGAACCCUGAGCCGUCUCUGGCAGGGGAGGGCUGGCAACUGGACAGCAGUGCCAUGGGGUAUGUGUGUUUUUGGGACAGCUUGUAGCAGCAGGACUUUGAUAGUGGUGAUGUGAAAAGGGAGAAGAGAGGGAAACAGCAUACCCUGAAUUAUUCUGGGCUGUUUAUUCUGGUCCAGUGUUACUCACAGGUCGGAUAAUGUCAUUUUCUUGCAUCGUGGCUGAAUUUUAACAGCAGGUUGGAAGACUGAGGCCAGAAGAAGGAAGAGCAGCAGAAGCUGCCCCCACUCCAAAACCAGAAUACACCGAUUUCUUCCCACCCCUCCCUACAGAGAUUCUGGGCCCUGCCCAGUAUUCACCCUCGUUUGAAGCGGCUGGCGGCCGGCAAAGCCUGCUGUGAUCUCCCACGGCCGUGACAUGCACCCGACCGUCAGAGUGAAGAAACUCCCCCCUACUCUUCAUGUUUCUGCUGUCAAAACGCAGUUGAGCAGAUUGUCGUGGGCCAAGAAAGAAAGGGAAGCAGGCGUUUGGGGAGAAUGAGGAGGAAAUAGGAAACAGGAUACAAGUUUACGUUUGGGGAUUUUUUGGUUUGUGUUAAUUUUUUUUCAAGUUUGAUUUUUUUUUUUUUUUUUGGAAAGAACCACUUUUCUGGGUGUAAACCAAACAUUUAUUUUCAUGUUGUGAUCUUUUCCGAUCUGACAGUAAAUUUAAUUGCCUUUUUUUUAAUAAGCACUAACAGACCUUUGGAAAUAGCAAAAAACUCGUGAACGGUGCCUUGGAGUACACAUUCCAGAGGGGGGCAUUGGGCUCUCCCGUUCCUUGUGGGUGCCAAUAUUUAACCACUCGUAAGAUUUUUAACGGUCUACUUCGUCCAAGAACUAUUCCGAGUCUGACAGUGUCUGUCUUGGGUCUGUAUUUUGGUCAGAAAUGUAUUUUUAGAAGGACACUGUCAAGGUUUUUGGCCACCAAAUUUGAUCCACUCUCGAUCUCUAGAACCUAUAGAUGUGCAUCCUGUAUGUUGUAGCAACAAAUCCUGGAGCGAAGAGGCUUAAAACGGCCUCCUGGGGGAAGACCUCCGGUUGCUGAACCGAAUAAAGACAAACCGAGCAAGACCCAGACAAAUACCCACUUUUAAACACUUCUCGUGCUGGCUCAAUUGCUGCGCUUAUCAGCAGCAUGCUAGGAACGGUGUUUAGCAGUCAGUGCAAGUAAAGAUAUUUUGCCAUGAGGCACUACAAAGUUGAAGUUAUUAAAACAUUUAUAGCCUUAGAAAAAAAAUCAAUGGUUGUCAAAUAAGAAAGGACAAAAUCAGUAGUUGGGGUUGGGAGGAGAAUUAUUUUCCAUCUGCCAAAACAAUGGAGGAAAUGCAAAAAUUAAACUAGCAAAAGCAAUCACUUGACAGUGUCCUUUUAAGUUUAAACUCCUACAUUAGGAAGCCCCACAGGGGAGUUGCUCCAGUCAUAGACAGUUUGUCCAGAGUUGCUCACAGAUGAUGUGCUUCAGCAAUAUAUAAGGCCAUGUCUUAUGGGAACCUGGUGGAGCAGCACUUCUCCUGCUAAGGUUACUCUCCAGACCUUCUUGUACUUUGUAUUCUUCCUAAAUCACUUGUGCACACACACAUAUACAUGCACGCACCCACACACGAUGUGUGUGUACACACCCACACACGUGUGCACACACACCCGCACCUACACCCAUGGAGUGUGCCUGUUGUGUUAGCACUCUCAUGCACUCUUGUGAUCAGCGGAUCCGUAAAAAGUCAUGUUUUCUUUCUAUUUUUCUAACCUCUCUGGUUCCAGUGGUGAAUCCUGUCCUAAACCUGAGGAUAUAUUUGUAUACACGUGUGAGGUUUUAAUUUAAUAAAUUAUCUGAGUUUU